CAUUCUACCCUUUCAAUUUCAAUGCUCAUUUAAAUUUUCAAAGUAAUAUUAAGCCUAUUAUUAAUUUCUUUAGAGUUGAUAUAGUAUAAUCCAAAAUUCAAAAUUUAAACAAAUAAAAGGUUUCUUCUCAUGUUUAGCACCCAACUUCCAAGUUAAUUAGAACAAGAAGAACAAUCAAAGACAUUCUCAAUGAAGUCCUUUCUGACCAGUGUCAAGUCCUUCAUCUCAAACCAUUUUCUUCGCUUCACCCAAAGAGACACACUUCUAAUCCUCGAUCGCUUUCACUGGAAGGACAAAAUCUGCGGCCAUCACUUAUUUCUGCUAGAUGUCAAAAGAAAAAAACUCAAACAACUUCAUGUUCCAAAAGUCACAGACUCUGACAUGGGUUUCAAGAUGGUGUGUUCAUGUAACGGUUUACUUUGUGUCAUUCACUAUUCUUUGGACCAAAACUCCACCAUUUUUCUUUGGAACCCAACCACAACACAAACCAUGCGAAUCAUGGAACCAGAAAAUGCUUUGCUUCCUUACAAGGUGCCACCACAUUGUCUCCUAGGCUUCUAUCUCAACACAAGUGACAGUGAUUAUCAAGUGGUAAGGCUUCACUCUUUUAGGGACACAAACAAUGCAUGUUUUGGGGAUUAUUUCACCAAAAUUUGCGCUGUUCGAGUUGAAAAGUAUUCUCUACGUAGAGGGUCGUGGCGAGAAAUCAAAUAUAGUAAUAAUCAAUGUGUAACUGUGAAUGGAUGCUUGUUUUGGACUGAGAACAGUGUGACAUUGGAGGAAACUUUGUUUUGGGUGGCUAUGGAGGUGAAUGACAAAUUUAGUAACGAAAUGAUUAUUUCUUUCAACACACAUAACAAUGUUAUUAGCAAGAUUGAAUUGCCCCCUUUGGUUAAGGAUUGUAAUGAGGUGCAUAAGAAACUUGCAGUGUACAAGGAUUCAGUUGCAGUUAUUAUUUGUUCAGAAACUGAAACUAUGGCACAAUGCUUAGAUUUGUGGGUUUUUUAUGAUAAGUACGAAGGUGUAGAGUGUUGGUGUAAGUUACACACAAUAGGAAUGUUUUCAAGAUUGGAGCGUCCUGUAGGUGUUUUGAAAAAUGAAAUUCUUAUCUCAACAGAUAGAGUGAUACAUAGUGUUGGUGGAACCAUAGCUUUGCUUCCUGAAGAUGAUCUUGGAGCUGAGUUUUCAUAUAACGUCUUCAAUUAUGUUGAGAACUUCAGAACUUCAUAUGGUGGAAAUUUGGAUGUGGAGGAAGCUGAUCCCCUUGAAAGAAAAGGAGUCUCGUUACAUGAUUUGUUCUUCAGCAGCGUCAAUAUAUAAGUCUCAUAAGAUAAGCAUCGAAGAUAAUGUGUAGUGAAGAUUGAAGAAUUAAAAGGCUUA